AUGGCUGCCACUAAUUCGGAGACAGAGGGUACCAGUGAUCAACUGCAAUACUCGAAAUGGAGAUACGUAUCAAUUGUCUUUGCCUCUUUUAUGAUCAACUUCACGGCAUGCGGCCUCCUAUUUAGUUUCGGAGUGUAUCAAGAACAUUACGAAGCUAUGAUUCCUACACCAGGCACUCCUUUCACUGGCGCCUCAUCCGCUACUAUUGAUCUCAUCGGGACCCUAUCAGCCGCACUGAUGACUAUAGUAGCUCCAUUUGUCAUGGCAUGGACAAAGUACUAUGGCCCUCGACCUGUGGUAUGCCUCGGUGGAAUACUGUUCAGUGUAGCUUCGGUUCUUGCAAGCUUUGGUAGAGCUCUGUGGCACUUCCAGCUUGCGCAAGGACUAUUGCUAGGGUUUGCCACCGGCUUUUCCUUUGUGCCUUCCAUGACAGUUGCCCCUACUUGGUUUGAAAAACAGAGAGGCCUGGCAAUGGGCAUUAUAUCUGCUGGCACAGGCAUAGGCGGCUUAGUUUGGACACCUGCAAUCUCGGCCUGUAUCAACAGCUUGGGAUUCCGAAACACAUUAAGGCUAGCUGGAUGUGUUGCUACAAUACUCAUCUGCAUCUCCGGGUUUAUUCUUGAAUGGGAGCCAUCAAUGGCGAAACAUCUCUCGGGACAAAACUCAGCUCUUUCCCCCAUCACUGCCAUAUUCAAAAUUCCUGUUCCUAGCAAGCAGACGGUCCGGCAAAGAGUAUUCUUUACACAAGCCGCCAGUACGCUAUUUCAGAGUGCUGCUUAUUACAUCCCAGUAUUUUUUACUGUCACUUAUACCAAGACGCUGGGAUAUACUGAAGAAGAAGGCGCAAAUCUAACUGCGGUAAGCAAUGCUUGUAACGCUAUUGGCAAGAUUGCUGUUGGGUUUAUCGCAGAUAGGUUGGGUAGGCUCAAUUCGUUCUUUCUGACAACUUUACUCACCGCUUUUGUUUGCGUGGGAAUCUGGAUUCCAAGCACACUAGUCGGGGAUAACAACGAAACAGCCGCCCGGGGUCUUUUUGUUAGUUUCACAGUCUUAUACGGACUACUGGCCAGCGCAUUUAUCAGCUUAUUUCCAGCCGCACUUAUCGAGCUAUUUGGUGUUCAAGAGCUGCCACGGAUUGCUGGUGUCAUGUAUAUGUUGCAAGGAUUGGCCACUCUUGUGGGUACACCUGUUGCAGGUGCACUCAUACGAGGAGAGGGAUCGUCUAGAAGCUCCAGCGACUACACUCCAAUGUCAGCAUGGGCUGGAGCACUUAUGGCUUCGGCUGCGGUUGCAGUUGCUGGAGUGAGACUCGAAGCAAUGAAAGGAUCGGGCAACGGAACACCGAAACGAAAGUGGAAGCUGUGA